GUGCCAUUAUAUACGCACACAGCUGUAAUCUUCAUUUGCACCUUGACGGUACCUAGAGCAUCACUGCAUGUAUGUGUUGACUACAGAUUGUUACCAUUUGUUGGGCGUCUCUUCACAAACUUAGUUACAUCGAAGAUCGCAAUGAUCCAUCAGUUGGUUAUCGCAGUACCAUCUCGUAUUCCACUUCAGCAUUGUUCCGGCCCGCGUUGACCCUAGGAUUCUCUGAUCUAUCCAAACACUUAAUAAUGGAACACGGCCUUAACAGUGAAUCACGACGUCUAGGAAGCGAUGUUGAGAGACUCUCCCUCGAGGCUCAGCGAAAGGAACACGAAGUGGCUCUGUUGAUGGGUGUCAUAUGCCGGCUAGAAACAGAACUAGCUCGGAAUUCCAACAUGACACCCACACAAGCAAUCAUCGGCGGCGCCAACUUGCGUGACUUACUCCAACUUUCACCGCCGGACUUAUUGGCUCUAGAUGAUGACAUUCGGUUGAUGAGGCGGAAGGUGCUAGAUAGAGCCCCCACACAUUAUGCUGAGGACGUGCAGGAGUAUCUGACCAAGGCUAUGAGGGAGGCUAUGAUCAGGAAGGGAAUUAGGUAUGAUGAUGGCGCGAAUAGCGAUUGGAAGGAUCCAUGGUACAAUGUCUAUCAGAAGAAGGAAUUGGAGGAUGAUGCUAGGUUAUUGGGGUUGAGAGAUAGUAGGAGGGGCGUACCGGGUAGGACCGACGGUGGGAGAUACGACAUAACUGUUGCUUGUGAUACGCUAAUCGGUUUAUCGCGAUGGAGAGUUGUUAGGCAUACCAAAUACUUCAAACUCACUGACAGUUGUCUCAAUGUUUCCUGCCAAAGACAAGGUUUUUUCCCCGCCAACCGAUUUAUUCAAAUACAUCAAGUCAACAGAGAGAGCCUAGGCCUCCGGUAAAUCAUAUGCGUAGAUGCGUAGAACUGGGCCCUGUAAUAACCCGUUGCCUGAGUACUAAUAGUACUACUGAAACAGGGACAGGGUUUCAGCCCCUUGAUAAUCACUAGUCGAUGCGCUUGACUGACAAGCUGUACUUGUCCUUGCAGCGUGCAAGCAAACACUAAGCAACAAGUUCGGGUCCUCGAGUUCAAGCGUAGUACUAGUACAUAUAUUGUUGUACGUUGUUGAUUUACG